UCCUGAACAAUUUGCGAUCGGAAAUCGGAGUUAAAGUAAUUGCAAGAAUACAAGAUAUAAGAUUGCCUGUGACAUAAAAAAUAAAUCGUUAAAUAAAAUUUUGUGUGAAAAAUAGGCCGGACCGAAAACUCACAAAAUCAAAUAAUAUAGCCACCUUUCACAAAAAAUCAAAAAGGAAGAAAUAAAUUUGUAGAACAAAGGAUCGAUUGAAGGAAAGAAAGAGAAGGAGUAACAGUAAAAGGUUGACAUUUUUAACCAUCCCAGAAGAACAAUGACUGACCUUAAGUUAACCGUGGCAUUGACCAGCGUCAAUGGGGAGAAUAUGUCCCGUCACGAUAUGCUCCAGUGGGUUAACACCAUGGUCCAGGGACACUUCAAGAAGAUCGAGGAACUCUGCUCUGGUGCCGCCUACUGCCAGAUGAUGGAGAUGAUCUUCCCCAACUGCAUUAACCUUAAACGCGUCAAGAUGACGGCCAAACUGGAGCACGAGUAUCUCCACAAUCUUAAGCUGUUUCAGGAGGCUUUUAACCGCUUAAAACUGGACAAAACGGUACCCAUCGAUCGUUUGAUCAAGGGGCGUUUCCAGGACAACUUUGAGUUUUUGCAGUGGUUUAAGAAGUUCUUCGACUCGCAGGCACCGGGAUUGGAGAACAUUAAAUCCUUGGCCAAUGCACCGGUGAUUAAGCCCAUCAAACCGCGCGUUUUCGGCAAAGAGCGAUCUCCGGUAAAAGCAAACGAUGAUCCGAUGAAGGAGCUGAUUGGGGAAAUGCAGACCCUAAACCUGAAGAGAGAGGAUAUUAUGGAGGCCAGCAAUCAGUGCUACAACAAACUGCGCCUCGUCGAGGAUCUAGUGAACGACAUGAUAAACAAUAACCAGCAAGUGGAAUUAUGUAAACGCAUCCAGGCGGUGCUCUACAAAACGAUAGAUGGCGAGAUCAACGAGGAACCCAUCGAAAUUAAUGAUGAUAAUGAAGAGACUGAAGCUGCGGAUCCCAAUGAUGGAUUGUACUAGGUUUCUACUGUUGGUACAACGUUGUGUUUUUAAUAAAUAAUGUAUUAUGUA